AUGCUUUUCAAGCAUCUUUUCGCUUCGGCUGCGACACUCGUAUCGUUUGCAGUCGCUGAAGAUCUCACCGGCUACGAGUAUGUCGUAGUCGGUUCCGGCGCGGGAGGAGGUCCCCUUGCGGCUCGCCUUGCGCUUGCGGGUCACAAAACCCUACUCAUUGAAGCCGGUGAUGACCAGGGCGCCAACAUCAACUAUACCGUCCCCGCAUACAACGCUCGCGUCUCCGAAGACCCCGCCCUAGCCUGGAACUUCUACGUCCAUCAUUAUGCCGAUGAUGAGAGGCAAGCCCGCGACUUCAAGACAUCGUAUGAGACGCCCGAUGGUGGCGAGUACACGGGCCUGUCACCACCGGCGGGCUCAAAGUUGAAGGGUACCCUCUACCCGCGUGUUGGCAGCCUGGGAGGUUGCACCGCACACAAUGCCCUUAUUGCUGUGUAUCCCCAUCAGUCCGACUUCCAGUACAUUGCCGACAUCACUGGAGAUGACUCGUGGGCACCUGAUAACGUGCGCAAGUACUUCGAGAAGCUGGAGGACAACAACUACCUUGCAGUAGAUGCAGGCCAGGGCCACGGCUUUGACGGCUGGCUCUCGAUAGAGUAUGCACCCAUCACAAUCGUUACAGAGGACUCAAAGCUCUUGAGCCUUAUCACUGGUGCGGCUGCUGCACUCGGAGGUCUCAUUGGCUCCGUUAUUGACCUUGCCACCCUCAUUGCUGGUGAUGCGAACGCCAACACCCUCGCGCGCGACCAGUCUUCGUCUCUGUACCAAAUUCCUAUCUCGACCGCCGAUGGAAAGCGUAACGGCGCCCGCGAAUUCGUCCUUCAAGUAAGCGAGGCUACGGACUCGAACGGAACCAAGAAGUACCCUCUCGAUGUCAGAUUAAACUGCCAUGUCACCAAGGUUACUUUUGACGAGUCUGUUACUCCUCCUCGCGCAACUGGUGUUGAGUUCCUUGAUGGUCAGUACCUGUACAAGGCAAGCCCGAAGUCCAAGGGUGCUACUGGUACCCCUGGUUCAGCUUCCGCUUCUCGCGAAGUCAUUAUUGCGGGAGGCACCUACAACUCCCCUCAGCUGCUCAAACUUAGCGGUGUUGGACCUGCGGAUGAGCUUAAGCAAUUCAACAUCUCUGUCAUCUCAGACCUUCCUGGUGUCGGCACCAACCUUCAGGACCACUACGAGACAAACGUCCAGGGUAAGGCUCCUAGCAACUUCACUGCUUUUGACGGAUGUACCUUCGACGCGUCUGAGAAUGACGAGUGCCUCGAGAAGUGGAACAACCCCAAUGCUGUGGAGAAGCGUGGCACCUAUGCCUCUCCCGGUCUCGGCGCUACCAUGUUAUUCAAGAGCAGCCAAGCUGAGAAUGACGAGUGGGAUACUUUCAUCUUCGGCGGUCCUGUCAACUUCCGCGGUUACUUUCCCGGUUAUGCUUACAAUGCCACCCACGACCACGACUGGUUCACCUGGGCUAUCCUCAAGUCGCACCCACGCAACACCGCCGGAACUGUUACCCUGCAGUCUGCCGACCCGCUAGAUGUUCCCAAGAUCACCUACAACUAUUUCGACACUGGUAACGGUGAUUACGAGAAGGACAUCACCGCUAUUACCGAAGCCAUCAGCCUUGCCCGCAAGUCCUUUGCAGCCCAGGCAGUCAACAUGACCGAGACUCUGCCUGGUGCCAACGUGACUAGCGACGAGGCUAUCGCCGACUACAUCAAGGACACCGUGUGGGGCCAUCACGCCUCCUCUACGUGUCCCAUCGGUGCUGAUGACGACAAGAAUGCAGUUCUUGACAGCAGCUUCAGGGUCCGCGGCACCGCGGGUCUUCGAGUUGUUGACGCCAGUGUGUUCCCUAAGAUCCCUGGAACUUUCACUGCUGUCUCUACCUACAUCGUCGCUGAGAAGGCAGCUGAUGUUAUCCUCAGCGCGCUCAACGGCACAAACUCUACCAGCGCUUGA